CAUACAACUCUUCCUAGCAUACAAAUCUAGGGUUCCUCAAAACCUAAGUGAAGGGAAGUUACUCCAUAGAGAAAAGAGAGAAUGCAGAAAUCUUAUCUAGAUCUUCAAUAUCCAUCUCCAAGCUUGUUUUCCGAGCAUCAAUGGUGAAGAAAUCCUCCUUCAAGAAUAAUCCCAAGGUUCCUUCUCUCUCUAGGGUUUGUCCCUUUGGUGUCUGGGAUUCAAAACUCAACUCUCUCUCUUCAAAAUCUGCAAAAACGCAUUUAUACAGCUUCCAGAGGCCAAGUUACUGGCAGCCUCUUUGGAAUGCAUUCUGCUUCCCGGGGCCAAAGUGGCAAAGUUAACUUUGGAUAGGUUGCUGUCUUUCGGCCUUUCUCCCUCAUCCGAACUCCAAAUCAGUCGCCGUUUGAUCCCAGACGCUCGUAGUCUCGUCCUCUUUCUUUCUAUGCCUAGAUUAUAUGAUUCUUUUUCCAUAAAAUGAGGUAGAAAUCCAUUCUUCCUUGGGUCAUGCCCGAGUUUCUUCUCUCGUGUCCCCAAAUGAUCUCCGAUUGACUUGAAACUUGCGCCUAUGCUUCACUUUACGUGCUAGGAGCUGAAAUGUGACAAAGGAACACAACCUAGCGUAAAAUAGGUCAAAGUAUGAUAAACACCAAGCUAAACAAUCAAGAAAUGAGGGGUAAAAACAUAUGCAAAUUCACUGUUAUCAGUCAGCAUAUUGACGAAUAAAAAAGUAGUUGUAUUAAUAUUCGAAAAAUAAAAUCAAGAUAAAUCCAUGAUUAAUAUUGUGGAGAGUUUUGGAAGAAGGUAGUUUGAAAAUUGUCAGUUAUUUAGGAACUAAAUUCGACCAUUCAAGGUUGAUCCACCCUUCAAAAAUACAUCAUCAAACACACUAACGCACACUUAAUUGAUUUCUAUAACUAAGGUAAUGUACAUGCAAACGAUUUCAAACUCUGAAAUGAGAUUGAACCCAUAAUGCCAUCAAUAUUUGGCCUAACUUAAUGGUUUGAGCUAGAGCUUAAUUGCUUCUUGUAGAUGGUGUCCCCCUAGAGCUAUAGUUCCAUACCCAUAUGUAGAUAGCUUGAACGCCAUGCCAUCCCCUCUAUAUUAGUUUUAACUAACCCUACAUAUUUUACCAUUCUCAAAAAAAAAAAAAAAAAAAAAAAACUACACUAACCCGAAGGAUUGAUCGUGAGAGGCUGAGAGCUAUACCUACCUAUACUUGUAGUACUUUAAUUUGCCACCCCUUGUUGAUUGUGGUAUAUAUAUUCUCUAUCGAUAUUGUCACGAGACAACAACUUCACAUAAUUCCCAAAAAAAAAAAAAAAAAAAAGCCGCACGAUGAAUACUAGUUCAUCUCAACUUAUCGUGAGACGUGGAAACCCCAUAAGCGUCCCACCUCCUCAUCAGCCUGAAGAGUUCAAACAAAAAGGCAUGUUCUUUCUCUCCAACAUAGACCACAUUGUACGUUGGGUUCGCACGAUUUAUGCCUUCAGGUCCAAAGACAGAGGCCAUGAAGACGCCGGCGAAGUGAUCAAGAACGCCUUGAGACAACUCCUUGUUCACUACUACCCUUUUGCUGGCCGGUUAGUCACCGUCUCGAGAGGCAAGUUGGCCGUGAGUGGCUAUGAAGAAGGCGCUGUUUUUGUAGAGGCCGAGGCAGACUGUGUCCUUGAAGAGAUUGAAGACGUCGCAAAGGUCGAUCCUACUAAGCUUCGUGAGUUCGUGUAUGAUGAUGGUAUCCACGGAGGUGUCAAACCGUUGGAACAUUGCCCGCUUUUGAUCGGACAGGUGACCAAGUUGAAAUGCGGAGGGUUCGUGCUUGGAUUGUGUAUAUGUCACUGCCUCGCCGACGGUGUCACCGUGACUGAGUUGGUGAACUCAUGGGCCGAGUUAGCUAGAGGAAUGCCCUCAAUCUCUAUCCUUCCAUGUUUCGACAAAACCACGGUCCAACCUCGCGACCCACCAAAGGUCGACUUCCCUCAUCCAGAAUUCAUGGAGAUAGAAGUCAAAACAUCCAUUUCUCACGAGCAAUCCUCCAGGAAAGAAUCAAUGGUGCACAAGAUCUUCCCUCUGAACAACAAAACGAUAGAGAACCUUAAAGCAACAACAAUGGAGGAUGUGACCACCUGCACGACUUUCGAAUGCCUAACGAGCUUCGUGUGGCGAGCUCGAACAAGGGCGCUCGAUUUCGCACCCGAUCAAGAGACCAAGCUCAUGGUAGCCGUGGACGUGAGGAAAAAAUUGGAUCCACCAUUGCCUAGAGGGUACGUCGGGAACGGGAUCGGUGUAGCUUGUGUAACUUGUACAACAAGGAAGCUGCUCAGCGAUCCGUUCGCUGAGGUGGUGAUGCUAGUUCACGACUCUAUCACAAUGGUCCAGAAUGAUUAUGUUAGGUCCGCGAUCGAUUACUACGAGUUGCAUAGGACCAGCCAGUCUUUGGGUCAUACUAUGAUAGCGACGAAGUGGUCUAGGGUUUCCUUUUCCGCCACGGAUUUUGGAUGGGACGAUGCGGUUCUAAUGGCGCCGGUGGCUAUACGUGACGAGAUGGUGAUUUUCUUGCCUAACAAUGGUGGAAAGGAGGUUGGAGAUACUAAUAGUGAUAUAAGUGUGUUUGUUGGUCUGCCGGAAUCCGCCAUGAAGAUCUUCGACGGCUUGAUCGUGACUUUGAUGAAUUAAUUAGGCAAGGUUUGGAAAUUAACUUGCCAUUAUAAAUUUAAUUACUAUGAAGGGUUGAAUCUAAUUAGUUUUUUUUUAGUGGAUGAAAGUCUUUUGAAUUUUCUUAUCAUCUAUUUUGGCUAAUUUUUUAAUGGUCUACUAAGGCUAUUUAAGUGAUGGGAAAUGGAAGGGAUGAUAUAUAAGGAAUGCAUGUAUCAGAUGUAUAAAUAAUGUUGUAAUUUCUAUGUAUCGCAUAAAAGGAAAGUAUGUAUUAAUGUUACUAGCUAUAAAAGCUAAAUCUAGUAGUGUAUCAUAGUUGUUAAACUUGGUAGUACAUAUUGUACUAUAGUUAAUCCGUAAAAUAAUAUCCACUUUAAUAUAUUUGGAGAAUUUUUAGAAAUAUAUUAUUAGUGAAAAUAUACCAUAGUGAUAUGUAAGGGUGAAAAGUGGUACGGUAUCGGUAUCCCAAUACCAAAUAUUGAAUCACUGAUAGCGUCUAGUGUCUUAAAAUCAAUUUCAACCCGAUCCCAAUAAAAAUUUGGUAUCCCAAUCACAUAAGAUUUCGAUACGGAUCGGUAUUCUUGAUUACCAAAUUAAUUACAUUCUCAAUUAAUAAUAAAAUAUAUACAUAAAUAAAGAAUGGCUCAAACACCUCUAAUGUUGAAGGUUUUUAUCUCUAUGUUUGGUCCGACUUUUAGAAGAGUUUUUCGGUUUCAAAAGGUUAAGUAGGGCCAAACACCCAAAGCUCGGCUUUUGAAAAGCCAAAAAGCGCUUUUGUAUAACAUAAAAGCAGAAGCUCCGAUUUGCAGCUUCUGCAAAAAGCUGUUUUGAAAAUGCAACAUUAUCCUUACCAUAUUUUAAUUCUAUUUCAGAAAAUAUAAUUUUCAUUCAUUUAUAUCAUUUUAAAAAUAAAAGAAAUUAUAAAAUCUUAUUAUUUAAUAUAAAAGAAAUCUAACAAGAUCCAUUUUGACUACUUUUUAUUGUUUAAAAUUUUUAUUCAUAGUUUAUAUUAUAAGUCUUCUACAUUCAUUUUACACAACCUCCCAUAUUAAAAAACACUUCUAAUAGUUUUUCAACCAAACCAUCAACUGCUUUUUUUGAAAAGUACUUCUCUAAAAGAUUCAUCCAGCAGCUGCUUCUGCAAAAGCUACAGCAGGGCCAAACUUCCAUGAUUGAAAACUUUGGUGAUGGGAAGUUAAGGUGAGAAAAGUCUAAUAAAACCUAAUCAAAGUCCCCACUGAAUGAAAUCCAUCAAAGCCUCCAUUGAAUGCAUUCAUGGCAAUUUUCAUGUGCACAUUUGGGGCUACGAGACUAAAAAAGUGCCUUGAGUUUGCCUAAAACUAAGACGAAGACAAACAAGAUGAUGAUAUCUCAAUUUCUUGUUCUUGGUAAUCUUUGAUUUGAUGGAAUGGAAGUUGAGAAAUGACUAAUUAGAGUGUCAGUUUUUUUUAUUCUUAAAAUAACAAAGUUUGAGUGAGAGAUCAGAGUGACUAGGAAAACUUGAAAGCGAAGCUUGGAUUGGAUGGUGAUAUCUCAAUUUCUUAUUUUUUUAUAAUCUUUAAUUAUAAUUUUUUUUGCAUAUUUUGAUCUCAAUAUCAUAAUCUUGAAUACCAAAUAACAACCUAUAAUCAAUUCCAAUCUCCAAAAAAUAACUCGGUAUUUGGUAAUAUCAAAUAGUGGUAAAUUCAGUAUGAUAUUCGGUACAUCCCAAUUAUCGUUACCAAACUUCCAUCCCUGGUGGUAUGAAUAUACUAUAGUGUAGAAUCUAUCUAUCUAUCUAUCUAUCUAUACAUCAUAUUAUGGCAAUUCAAAAGUAAUUGUUUGCCACCUAAGCACUUGGAGAGCUCACAAAUUGCCAAGGUGGAUAAUAUUUUUACAAAAAGAAUAAUAGUUAUUGAUAUAUUUAUGGAGUUAUCUCUCUCUUCAUUUAAUAUUUCAUUUCCCUUUUAUCCUUUUUUUUUAUUAUAUCAAUGUACACAAUAAUAAAUAAUGUAUGAAAAG